UCGAGAAGGAGCUGCGGGGACAGAAUGUGGAGGCCCUGGAUCCACGAGGUCGGACGUUACUGCAUCUGGCUGUUUCUUUGGGACAUUUGGAAUCUGCUCGAGUAUUGCUCCGACAUAAAGCAGACGUGACCAAAGAAAAUCGCCAGGGAUGGACAGUUUUACAUGAGGCUGUGAGCACUGGCGAUCCUGAGAUGGUGUACACGGUUCUUCAACACCGAGACUACCACAACACGUCUAUGGCCCUCGAGGGAGUUCCUGAGUUGCUCAAAAAAAUUCUCGAGGCUCCAGAUUUCUAUGUGCAGAUGAAAUGGGAAUUCACCAGCUGGGUGCCCUUGGUUUCCAGAAUAUGCCCGAAUGAUGUCUGUCGCAUUUGGAAAAGUGGUGCCAAACUGCGUGUCGAUAUCACACUGCUGGGGUUUGAAAACAUGAGCUGGAUAAGAGGGAGGCGUAGUUUUAUAUUUAAGGGAGAAGACAACUGGGCAGAGUUGAUGGAAGUUAACCAUGAUGACAAAGUGGUCACCACCGAGCACUUUGACCUGUCCCAGGAAAUGGAGCGCCUUACUCUGGACUUGAUGAAGCCAAAAAGCAGGGAGGUUGAGCGGCGGCUCACAAGCCCAGUCAUUAACACCAGCCUUGAUACUAAAAAUAUUGCGUUCGAAAGAACUAAAUCCGGAUUCUGGGGCUGGAGGACAGAUAAAGCAGAAGUUGUUAAUGGUUACGAAGCAAAGGUUUACACUGUAAACAAUGUGAGUGUGAUAACCAAAAUUCGCACAGAACAUCUGACCGAGGAGGAAAAAAAGAGAUAUAAAGCGGACAGGAACCCACUGGAAUCUUUGCUGGGAACUGUGGAACAUCAAUUUGGUGCUCAAGGGGACCUCACCACAGAAUGUGCCACCGCAAACAACCCCACAGCCAUCACGCCUGACGAGUACUUCGAUGAAGAGUUUGAUUUGAAAGACAGGGACAUAGGAAGGCCGAAAGAGCUGACAAUUAGGACACAAAAGUUUAAAGCGAUGCUGUGGAUGUGUGAAGAGUUUCCCCUUUCUCUCGUGGAGCAGGUCAUUCCCAUCAUUGACCUAAUGGCUCGAACUAGCGCUCAUUUUGCAAGACUGCGAGAUUUCAUCAAGUUGGAAUUCCCACCUGGAUUUCCUGUCAAAAUAGAAAUACCCUUGUUUCAUGUCUUAAAUGCACGGAUUACCUUUGGAAAUGUUAACGGCUGUAGCACUGCUGAAGAAACUUUAUCUUCAAAUGUAGAAGGGACCGAGGCUGAUUCAGCUUCCCAGGUCACAAACUUUGAGGUUGAUCAAUCUGUGUUUGAAAUUCCUGAAUCGUACCACGUUCAAGACAAUGGCAGAAAUGUGCAUUUGCAAGACGAAGACUAUGAGAUAAUGCAGUUUGCCAUCCAGCAGAGCCUGCUGGAAUCCAGCAGAAGCCAGGAUCUUUCAGGACCAGCUUCGAAUGGAGGGAUCAGCCAGACACAUGUCUAUGAUGCCCAGUAUGAGAGAGCCAUCCAGGAGAGCCUCCUCACCAGCACUGAAGGCCUGUGUCCCAGUGCCCCAAGUGAGAUGAGCCGUUUUGAUAGCGACUUGCAGCUGGCCAUGGAGCUCUCUGCCAAAGAGCUGGAGGAACGGGAGCUCCGGCUCCAGGAGGAGGAGGCAGAACUCCAGCAAGUCCUACAGCUGUCACUCACUGAGAAAUAGAUCUUUCCACCCACAGGCUGCACAAAACAGAGGCUCUGGGCUACACGCAAGCUCUGCAUCAACCAGGGCCCUGGGGCCAAGGAAUUACACCUCACGUAUAUGCAGCAGACAGCCGCUGCCUCUUCUUUGCAUGAGGUGUGCAGGACUGGGGACACUCAGGCCCAUCCAGGAAGCUCCCUGGAGAGGAGAGGUGGUCGGGGAUUGGCAGGCCGCAUCUCUAGGCUAAGGCGGAGAGAGCAUCGUCACUUUCCAUUAUUUGUAUUGGCUUGCAGGUCACAUUUUUACUACCAGCUUUAGGGGGAAAAAAAAUCCCUGCAGGUUUGUAGAUACAUUUUUAUCAAGGAGUGAUAACAAAACAAGUUAUUGCAGAGUCAGGGUGCUUUUCUAUUUGAGAGCAGCAACAGCCUUUGUAGAGUGUGGUUUCUGAGAAUCUGAGAGACUUUAUUGUUCACCAAAGAAAUGGGUAAUCUGUGCCGAUCUACUCUUUAUUUUUACCUUUGUACAGCACAGGGUUUCUAGGACACUGUCAUUAUUCCUCCUCCAUCUCCACCUGUUCCAUCUCUUCCACCCCCCAGCUCAAGUUAAAGAGGAGUUAUGUAUAGGAUCUAUUUUAGAUUAAGGUGAACUAUUUGCAUCAAAUUAAGAUAUACAAAUGACCACGGAUGUUGCCUUAGCCUUAAAAAUUACUAAUAGCUUAGAACCACCUCGUUCCACUUGUUGAGGGAUCUGAUUUGAAUUUGUAAAGGCAGUUCCUUUGAGAGCAGGAUCCUCCAGGCUAAAUCAAAGGCAGCUAAUUCUGUCCCUGAGGGAGCAGCUAGGGGGACCUGGGGCUUGUUUCUGAAGUGGGCAAGCAGGCCAAAAGACUGGAACAGCGUUAGAACCAAACCACUAUGUGUUCAGUGCUUGCUCUAGAGAAGGAUUUCCACAUAGAAGCCUAGAACACCACUGCAUGCUCUAGUCUCACCUAAGAGGGAGGGAUGGUUUAAAAUCAGAAAAGGAGCUUGUAACUGAGCUCCAAGGCUCUCCAUUCAAAAGGGAAAAUGUUAAUUCCACGUUGCUUUUUAGAGUUCAAAUCAACAUCUUUCUGGAUAAAUAUAUUUUUUAACAGAAUCUUUUUAUUAUUUUUAAAAGAUAUAGAAGUGACUACUCCCAUCAGUAGCAAUACAAGGUUAUACAUUUUAACCGGAUUUUCUCAGGCCUUUUUUGGAUACCUUUAGUAGUUAACUAUUUUGUCUAACCCUUCUGUAAAUACUAUCACACAGCAUACCAAAGCCUGGGGAACACAGAGGAGGGCUGUCCUCACUCUGGAGCGUGUAUUCAUCCCCAUAGGCUGCACUGAAAUAACCUGGUAAACAAUGUUCUCCUCUGUUUUGCAUCUAUUUCCUCUGUUGUGUUUGUUUUGGGAUAGGAAGAGAAACAAACUGCAGUUCCAGUUAACGUCUGUAUUAUACAGUUAGUAUUGCCAGUAAAAUGUUCCUAGACACAAGAAUUGUGCUUGGAAUUCCAUAUAACCGUCUGCCUUUGUUGUCAUGGUCUGACCAAGACUCUCUUCUGCACAUGAGGCCAGUACAGGCAAUACCACGUUUCAUUACACACAGCUCAACGUCUCGUCUACUUGGCGUUUACCACGAGCGAAGACGCUUUUUCGGCAUGGCUGCAGUUAGGCCAUGUUGUUUACUCACUAAGGUGAAUCACAGGUGAUGUCUGUGUUCGCAUUCCAUUGUUCUGCUUCCCAAAGUCUUGGACUUUCUCCCUAGGAAGUCACUUAAAAAGGGACUGAGCACUGUGUCAACCUGUUGCAGCAUUUUUCAUGUGUUCACUCUUAAAAUGCAAAUAAAGACUGCUUCCUUAGAGGGUGCUCAUACAACAUUUGAAGAA